ACCCCCUCCCCCCCGUCCCCCCCGUCGCUGGGUAUCCCCUCACAUUGAGUCACACACACACACACACACACCCAUAAACCAACACACACACACACGCAGCGAGAGAGGGCAGUCGUGGACCAAUGCCUGAGCAGCACGUACAGGAAGAGUGUUUGGCAUGCAGAUAAACAGACACACGCUCUCACACACGCUAACACUCCCUGACACGGCGCGACCCACAAGCGUGAACCGGCCUCCACUCGGGACGCAGCUAGACACACAAACACACACACACACAGGCAAUAGAGAUGACACACGCGCGGGGAGGCAUCGCGGAGCCCAAGGCGGUGUGUGUGUCCCUGGUGGCCCUGGCCAGGGAGCUGAGGACCAGGCUGAAGGCGCUCAGGCUCGGGGGGCCGCCGUCGGACAAGCACUCCCCCGAGCGGGACCCGCGGCGGGGGCCCUGGGACCCUCCCAACCCCCGGGGCAGGGCUCUGGGGACCGGGUGCACUCUAGGGAGCGAUGGGGCCGGGGGCGGGGCCGGGACGGGGGCGAGGGCGCCAUGGGGUCUGCCCGGGGUCUUUAGGAGGACCAGAGGGAGAAGAACACCAAAGACAGAGACACCCAGAGUAGCUGACGUAGGAAUGGAACACACUUCCUGUGGCUCUUGGCAACCGUCGCUAGGCUUUACAAGUGGCGGUUACAGUGAAAAUUGUUUUGAGGAAGUCCCCAUGAAGGAGAUCAACAUCACCCUGCACGUGAAGGAGGGGUCGGAGCGGGCCGACCCGCGGCAGUUUGAACUGCGCAAGGUCCUGGGACAGGGCUCCUUCGGCAAGGUAUUUUUGGUGAGAAAGAUCACAGGACCAGAUGCAGGCCAGUUGUAUGCCAUGAAGGUUCUGAAGAAGGCCACGCUUAAAGUGCGGGACAGAGUGAGAACUAAGAUGGAGAGAGACAUCUUGGUGGAGGUCAACCACCCCUUCAUCGUCAAGCUGCACUAUGCGUUCCAGACCGAGGGGAAGCUGUACCUGAUCCUGGACUUCCUGCGCGGAGGAGAUCUGUUCACAAGGCUCUCCAAGGAGGUGAUGUUCACUGAAGAGGACGUCAAGUUCUACCUGGCGGAGUUGGCCCUGGCGCUGGACCAUCUGCACGGUCUGGGAAUCAUUUACAGAGACCUGAAGCCCGAGAACAUCUUGUUAGAUGAAGAAGGACACAUCAAACUCACAGACUUUGGCCUGAGCAAGGAGGCCGUGGACCAUGAGAACAAGGCGUACUCGUUCUGCGGGACGGUGGAGUACAUGGCCCCUGAGGUGGUCAACAGGAGAGGACACACGCACAGCGCUGAUUGGUGGUCCUACGGCGUGCUCAUGUUUGAGAUGCUGACAGGGACUCUCCCCUUCCAGGGGAAGGACAGGAAGGAGACCAUGACCAUGAUCCUAAAGGCUAAGUUGGGGAUGCCACAGUUCUUGAGUUCAGAAGCCCAGAGUCUCCUCAGGAACCUGUUCAAGCGGAACCCGGCUAACAGGCUAGGAGCGGGACCAGAUGGUGUGGAGGAGAUUAAAAGACAUCAUUUCUAUAACACCAUUGACUGGAAUAAGCUCUUCCGCAGGGAGAUCCCUCCUCCUUUCAAACCCGCCUCAGGCCGUCCCGAUGACACCUUCUACUUCGACCCAGAGUUCACCGCCAAGACCCCAAGAGAUUCUCCAGGAGUGCCUCCCAGUGCUAACGCCCAUCAGCUCUUCAGAGGCUUCAGUUUUGUUGCGAUAACGGAGGAAGAAACUCAACCAUUACCAAAUGUCAUAGUAAAGCAGCUGCACAGAAGCACGUCUCAGUUCUCGGACGCGUAUGACAUCAAGGAGGACAUCGGCGUGGGGUCGUACUCCAUCUGCAAGCGCUGUUUGCACAAAGGCACCGGCAUGGAGUACGCGGUCAAGAUCAUUAGCAAGGCCAAGAGGGACCCCACGGAGGAGGUGGAGAUCCUGCUGAGAUACGGCCAGCACCCUAACAUCAUCACCCUCAAAGACGUGAGUCCCGCCGGGCGCUCCGUCUACCUGGUCUCUGAGCUGAUGAAGGGCGGCGAGCUGCUGGACAAGAUCCUGCGGCAGAAGUUCUUCUCGGAGAGAGAGGCGAGCGCCGUGCUGUACACCGUCACCAAGACCCUGGAGUACCUCCACGUCCAGGGGGUGGUCCACAGAGACCUGAAGCCCAGUAACAUCCUGUACGUGGACGAGAGCGGGAACGCCGAGUCCAUACGCGUCUGUGACUUUGGCUUCGCCAAGCAGCUCCGCGCCGAGAACGGCCUUCUGAUGACGCCCUGCUACACCGCCAACUUCGUAGCCCCCGAGGUGUUGAAGAAGCAGGGAUAUGAUGCGGCCUGCGACAUUUGGAGCCUUGGAGUCCUGCUGUACACCAUGCUCACAGGGUUCACUCCUUUGCGAACGGCCCAGAAAGACACCCCCGAGGAGAUCCUGGCUCGGAUAGGCAGUGGGAAAUUCUCCCUGAGUGGAGGGUACUGGAACUCUGUCUCCACUGAGGCCAAGGACCUGGUGUCCAAGAUGCUCCAUGUGGACCCCAGCCAGCGGCUGACAGCAGGACAGGUGCUCCGGCCAUGGGUGAUACACCGCGAACAGCUGCCAAAGUACACCCUCAACCGACAGGACGCCCCACACCUGGUCAAGCUGUUUCUGUGUGUUUACUCCAGGGGCGCCAUGGCCGCCACCUACUCGGCCCUCAACAGGAACGUGUCCACGGUCCUGGAGCCGGUGGGCUGCUCCACCCUGGCCCAGCGGAGGGGCCUGAAGAAGCUCACCUCGACCGCUCUGUGACCUCAUCACCCCCCCCCCCCCCCCCCCCUUACCCGCCGCCGCCGCCGCCUCCAUUCCUGAGCACCCCCACUCUGACCUCGAUCUGAGCUCCCGUCGGACCCGGCAGGUCUCAGGACAGACUACUGAUGGACCUAGCAACCUUUGACGCCAAAAAGAUAACGAAUCAAAACAGCCUCUCUGUCUCCCUCCCCUCUCUCUCCCCCUCCCACUCCCCCUCUCUCUCUCUCCCGGGGCCCGGACCGCCGUGGGCCAUUCCGAAAAAAAUAUUUUGUCUUACUGUAGCCUUGUUAGAAUCCAUGCUAGCCCUCUGCGUUCCAGAACAGACAGCUGGGCCGGAGAGGUGAGCGAUCAAAUAGCUACCGACAUGAGCGCAUUAGCAAAUGGCUGAAAGGAGCUAAAAGUUAGCGGCUAGCUGAGAGGAGCUCAUUUGUAGCUUACUGGAAGGAGCUAUUAGCAGCUAGCUGAAAGGAGCUAGUUAGCAGCUAGCUGUAAAGAGACAGUUAUUAGCUGACUGAAAGGAGCUAUUAGCAGCUAAAAGCUGAAAGGGAAAAUAAAUCCUUUCCGUCUCUUAACUAGCGUGGUGUCUUCUCAGUCCCUGUUUCGGACAAUCAAGCCUUGCCUUCUUGAAACCAGAGACUCUUAAGGUCAGGACAAACCAAGACAACAUCAAACGUGCUGUAUUUAUUCCCAAAUAUUGAGGAACAUUAUACAAUAGCGUAUCAUUAAUCUCAUGUAUGCAUUUCAAAGACCUACAAUCAAUGUUAUUAUACCUAUGUAUUGUACUGAGGAGUUAUAUCAUGCAUUUAAAAGCCUCAAGCAGCCUCUGGUGGUGACCCUGUCAGCAUAUAGAGUCAGAGCAAGUGUAUUGAAGUCAGCCCCUGAACCCUCAUUGGCUGAUUGAAUAGGCCUCGCUAUUCGCUGCGUUCAUUUGCACCGUGGAAACUUGGAAAGUGCAACUUGGCAAUUCGGCUUAACAAAAAUAUCGCUCACCCUCCUUGCAUCGUUGCUCCCAAGCUCUCGGCCUUUCUGCUGUUAAGCUAGUUGCAAAUCAGAGGGUUGGUGUACCCAACCCUGUGAGGGAAGGUUAGGCGUCAAAUUGAUAAAUGAGCCAAAAAGAUGCAUGAAAUUGGCCCAGCCGACAU